UGCAUUGUGGGAAAAUCCCAAGGGCUCCCCCAGGGUGACUGUGAGGGAUGGGGACCCCCGAGCGGUGCAGGGAACUGCCCGGGAUAUGCAGCCAAGGGCAGGGAGGGGUGUGGGGGCACCACAGUGAUGACAGGGUGGUGACGGGGGCUCUGCUCUGUCUGCUGCCUAUCGGGGUGAGGGCAGCACCUGGGGUCCCCCAUGGUGACCCUGCAGCACGGAUCCUGGCAUGGGUUUGCUGUCCAGCCAGAGCAGCCCGCAGUCCCCAGGCCCUGAAUCAGCAGUUUCUCUCGUCUUGUGGCGCCAGGGCUGCUCCUACAGCCCCGCUGCUCCCGGGCUGGCUCCAGGCCUGUGGGAAUUGGGGGGCUCUGCCUAUGGGCAGGGGCUGCUCGGGGCCCCGUUGCCUAACAGCGCCUUCUCCCUGUGCUCACCCCGGGGCUUGGGAAUCUGCAGCUGGCACUGUCCGGACUCGUCGGCAUCAUCUCCUGGAAGCGGCCGCUCACCCUGGUGAUCGCCUUCUUCACGCUGCUGUCGGUGCUGGGCGUCAUGCUGAGCCUCGCCGGCUCCAUCCUGUCGUGCCAGAACGCGCAGCUGGUGAAGACCCUGGAGGCCUGCGAGAGGGAGAGGGACACGUGUGUCUGCUGCCAGGCCCGCUCGGAGCCCCCACCCGCCUCCUGCAGCCAGCAGAGCGAGAUGCUGACCAUGUUCCCCAACCCCAACUGCCGGAGCAUCCGUGUGGCACUCAAGGAUCUCCUCUUCAGUGUCUGUGGCUUGACCAUCUUCUCCACCAUCAUCUGCACACUCUCUGCUGUCGUGUGCUGCAUCCAGAUCUUCUCCCUUGACAUCGUCCACGUGCUGGUCCCACAACGCUCGAGCUCUGUGACAUUGGAAUGCACAUCCCCACCUGACACCUUUCUGCAGAGCAUGAUGGACUUCGAGGAAUUUGUUCCCCCGGUGCCACCGCCCCCCUACUACCCACCUGAGUACACCUGCAGCUCUGAGACGGAUGCACAGAGCAUCACCUACAACGGCUCCAUGGACAGCCCCGUGCCCCUCUACCCAACUGACUUCCCCCCAUCGUACGAGACUGUGAUGGGGCUGCGGGGAGACAGCCAGGCCACCCUGUUCGACUCGCAGCUGACAGAGGGCUCCCACGCCUGCACCUGCGACUGCGACCGCGUCCCCUCCAUCGUGCUCAGCGGAGAAGUAUCCAUGGACAGCGGGUCCCUGAUCAUGUCCGAGAUCAUG